AUGGAAGUCGACGAGUCUACAUCACGUCAUUCAAAACGUAAGAAAAAGGAUAAGAAACAUCGUCGAUCUAAGAGUAAAUCCAAGAAAUCGAAAAAAAAGCAUCGCAAGAGGAGUAGACGAUCGUCGUCGAGUUCUGAAGAAUCUCAGCAGCGUCCUAAUGAAAAGACCAGCCCUCCUGAUUUGACUGAACUUGACGCUGGCUGUUCUCAUCAAGAGGUCGUGGACCUUGUAAGAAACGCUCUCGACUCGCUGUUAGCCACCGACCCAAUUUUGAAUGAUCUUCCAUCUGCCGUCACAUUAGAUGAGGUUCAAUCUUUGAUUGCAUUGGAACAUGGGCAGGCUAUUCACGUAGAGAUUCAUCGGGAGGACGGAACUUCAUUGCCUGUUAUCAUUCGCCAAAAUGCUACCGUUGGCCAACUGAAACGAGCUGUUGAACGAGCUACCGAGUUGAGUUUGAGUCGAGACGCUAAUCAAUGCCAACGAAGAAUUAACUGGAAAUAUGUUUGGAAAACCUACUGGCUUUAUGCACAUGGAGCCAAGUUGAAAGACGAUAUGGCCACGAUAAAAGACUAUGCUCUAAGUAACGGCGAUGGUGUUUCUUUCAUCAAAAGACUUAAAGAAAAGUAA